UCAACCACGAGCAAGCGAACGAUAGAAUAUCUGUCAGUAUCUACAUGUUGGGUUCUUGUUCUGUCCUUCUUCUGCUUUUUGUGGGUUGUCACUCAUUGAGCAAUGCAGAGAACAGACUACACUGCAAUGUCACUCAGACAAACGGAGGUACUCUGUACAGCAUCCCUGAGUUUCACGCAUCUGAUUGCAAAUACUUUUGGACCAACAGCACUGACCAUGUGCUGGCGAACAACUUGGAACAGUUGCCUGGUGUGGUGCAACAACACACUGAUCACAGCCUCAGGACCACUGGUUGCAUCAAUGUCAUCACGUACACACGAGAUUGUGUCUCUGAGGGGGUAAAGAAGAUGGCGUCCUGCUUCAUUGACUGUGCUGCUGACUCUCAGAACCUUACAGUGCAACCAUACAUGAUGAAUUCCACCACCACUGUCAUAACUACUGUUUCCACAAGAGAUGGUGGCCUGACAUCUGUCCAGAUUGUGCUGUCAGUGCUGCUGUUGGUACUCUUUGUGGCUGGUGUGAUUUGUGGUCUGAUCUGGAGAAAGAAGAUAAGCAGAUACUGCACCAGGAUGAUGGAGAACAUCAAACAAAAUCCGAUGGUUAGAUACAAGGUAGCUCAUCAGAAUGAGCAGGAACAAAAUGUGGGAGAGAAUUUUCCAAAUGAAGUCGUUAUCAGCUCUUGAUGUAACUUUUGUACCAUCCAAAACCUCUUAAUUAAUGCAGUACUUUGGCAUUUAUAUACAGUUGUGCUCAAAAGGAACAUGAAUAACACGAACCUUUUUUUUUUUAGUCAUGGUUAGUGGUUGUGUAAAGACAUUUAUUGUCAAACAGGUGUGUUGACACUUUA